UUUUUUUUUUGCUUUCUUGUUUUCUCUUAAAUCUAGGCAACCUUAUCUCUCAUUACAACUCUGUACUGUACAGCACUAUCCUUAUCUCUGGCCAUCUUUCUUCUAUAUCCUUCCUUGUAAAUCCUAUCCUUGACAUCAGAACAUGAAAUUCUCUGGAAUCUUCUUCUACGCCACAUUGGUCCUCGCCUCCGUCGCUACAGCUGCCCCGGACGCCAUCCCAGUGUCAUGCACGACAGCUCGCUGGGCUGCCUUGACGUUUGAUAUCUCUACCGGGAACAGAACCAAUGACCUCUUGAACCAACUUGACAUCAGCGGUACCAAGGCAACUUUCUUUGUUCGACCUAGUGAUCUGACAGCCUCAAGACUCGCCUUGCUCAAGACUAUUUCCGAAUCUGGUCACGAACUCGCUAUCCAGGUCCAAACUACCGGCAUCAAUCCAUCCCAGCGAACCUCGGACCUCCUACAGGGGGUCCUCUCAGCCUUCCGUCUCCGUCCUCGUCUCGCGCGCAUAUCUUCAGGGUCCUGUAAUGAGGCCUGUCAAGCGACCGUUCAAGAACUUGGGCUCAUUCCUACGGGCUCAAACCUGGACCAGAACGCCUUCUUGGACAUCAACAACAUUGACAGUUACUUUACAGAAACCAACUCGCUUAUCAUCCGUCAACCCCAGGGUCCGAACUGGGCCCAGCAGUUGAAAACGACCGUUAGUGCGGCCCAGAAGCAUGGCUAUGCUUUCGUGACCCUCGCAGAGUGUGUUGGUGAGGCACCCUACGAUAGCGGCAAUCCUGCGGUGACCCCAACGACGGCGACGGUUACAUUUACGACUACGACGACGAUGACUACGACAGAGCCACCGGUGGCUACCAUUACCUCUACCGUGAACGCGACGCCCACGACGAUCGAGGUCGUGACAACGACAGAAACGACCACGGUAUACAUUCCGGUGACGACGGUGACGCUGAACGCGACAGUUUCGACGACGGUGCUGAACGCAACCACCUCGACGACAUUGACCAUGAACCAGACGACGACUGUGCUUAGCCCGACUCCACCUCCGCCCACGACUGUUUCAACGACGGAUCUUCCCUCGACCGAGGCCACGACGACGGUCAGCGGCGCGGCGGUCCAGGUCACUGUCUCAGUUAACGAGGCUGGUGCGACUGUCCAUGCAGCCGCUUGGACGAUGCUCCUGGCUGUAAUCAUUGCCUUUGCAAUGGCUUAGAAACAGAAAAAUAUAAUACUCUCCCUCCCUUUGCGCGCGUCCCGAAAUAGUGCUCGGCGUGUCUAGAAAGACGCAAUUUUUAUGACCUUUAUUCCUUCCUUCCUUCCUUGCUUCGGACAUUCACAUCAUACACAUGUACUUCUACCAUCGACAGAUUAUAUAAUAAAAAAAGCAUACGAGCAUGUAGACUGAACAGUAUACACC